CACAUUGGAGAGAGAGAGAGAGAGAGAGAGAGAGAGAGAGAGAGGGGAGCUGAGAGCGAGUGAGGGAUGAAUAUCUUCAGGUUAGCAGGCGAUAUGACCCAUCUACUAAGCAUCCUACUUCUGUUGCACAAGAUCCACACCACGAAAUCAUGCGCAGGAAUAUCACUGAAGACGCAGGAGCUCUAUGUUAUCGUGUUCGUGAGCCGUUAUAUUGAUCUAUUUAGGACUUACUAUUCUAUGUACAACUCGUUGAUGAAGAUAGUUUUUCUUGGAACUUCGAUGUGCAUUGUUUGGUAUAUGAGAUUGCACAAGGUGGUCAGGCAGACAUAUAAUAAGGAUGAGGACAGCUUCAGGCAUUAUUUUCUUGUUCUGCCAUGUUUAGCUUUGGCCCUUUUGGUGCAUCACAAUUUCACUUUUAUUGAGAUAUUAUGGACGUUCUCUCUUUAUCUCGAGUCUGUUGCAAUUCUGCCUCAGCUGGUAUUGUUGCAAAAGUCUAGCAACAUAGACAACCUGACGGGGACCUAUGUAUUCCUUCUUGGGGCGUACAGGGGACUAUAUCUUCUCAACUGGGUUUAUCGGUUCUUCACAGAGAACCAUAGAGUUCGUUGGAUACCCUGGUUAUCCGGCCUUAUUCAAACAGUCAUCUACACUGAUUUCUUCUAUUAUUACAUAAAGAGUUGGAAAAACCGUGAAAAGUUGAAGCUUCCAGCUUGAGGAUGGCAGCAUCAAUAUGUCUCAUUUAAGGGAGAUUUAGAUGCUUUUUGGCUGACAUAAGUGAAGUUCUUACUUUGCUAACUGUUUUUCUUUUAUUUUGAGGUUUUUGAGAGUUUUAAGCUGUCUUUCUUUAGGAAAUUAAGUUAUAUUGGCUUAUAGAGGAGCCGAAGCACCUGGAUUAACACUCCAAUGGGGCAAUGUUUCUUUUUUUAAUUGGAUAAUUACAUACAUAACACCCGAAAUGUUACUAUUUACAAAUUGGCCUCACAGGUUAAUUUUUUAUAUUAUUGAA